CCAAGGUCCGUCUGGCCAUCCUUGCAAGCUUUACGUCGUAAUGACAGACCAAUGAGAUUGACAUUCUCCCUGUGUUCCCAGGUCCAAGUCAUAUCCGAAUCAGCUUGGCUAUGUUCCAACAACAUCCGCUCGACGUGAACGGGAAACUUCUCCGUCGCUUCUACGAACCAUUGACUCUCCUUAGGGUGAUAGAUCCGACUCGUGGAGCACAGCGUCCUGAUUUGACAUUGGACCGUGGCUUGGACGAGCAGUCAAAGCUUUGGCGCAACUUCCUCGAUCAGCUUGCAUUCCUAUGUGAUUUCGAGAAGGGUGGGGAUACGGUGACUGCCGUUGCCGUACAACGGACUGUUGAAUAUCCAAUCUUUUCGCUCGCAUCCAACUCAAAAUCGAGAAACAAGGCAGCAGCCCAUCUCCGCUGGAUUCUCACCUCUCUCGGACAGAUACAUACGACCGAAAAGACAGCCCCUCAGGUGGAAGACGAGAUAACCAAUCGAUGCAUCGAAUUCAGCCAUCGAAGGAUCAAAGUAUAUUCUGCAUGGCUCGUUCGCGCCAUCCGAAAUGCUACGCGGACCACAGGUGAAGUCGUGAAUGCUGAAGAUGCAUUUAUUUUGAAGGAAUUCCAGCAAGUGACGGAUCUCGAAUCCACUCCUCAUCAACUAUGUUCACAUGCUCACACCCUCCGGAGAGGUAGACUUAUGGAAAUCCUUACCAUCCGGCACGUUGCGCACUCACAUCGUGGAGUCUGGUCUGACAUUCGUCAUUAUCUCGGGCGAUUGGGGUCGUGGUCGAAGGCCGUGCGCAUUUUAAUCCUUGGUGCCGCGACGUUUCCCCAGCGGAUUGAAAAUGCCCGAGUCGAAAUCAUUGGGACAAACGGGCCAGCAGAUUUGCCGAACAAGCAUCACUUGACUGAUCUCAACGGUGUCGUAAAACGCAUGGUUCCUGCCGACCAAACUGCUAUGGUCAAACAGUUCAAUCAAGCGCUCUUGGAAGCUAAUUCGGUUGCUCAAGUUGAGGACAGAUUUCGGGAGGAGUAUGCGCAUAUCAAGCCCCGUCCACACGCUGAAUUACUUCUUCUCGAAUACUUCCAUCGUAAUGGACUUGACUUCGCCACAGAUGAUAGGUACAUCGGCUGCAGCAAGCCUUCAUGCUACUGCUGCCACAUCUACAUGCAUUGCCACCCCGGCCGAUUUGCGCCCCGGCCCUGUCAUGGGAAUCUGUGGAUCCACUGGGCUCCUCCAUACCCGCUUCCACUUGCUGACCGUGGUGCGCCGAAGAACGUAGGCCGGCCACAGGAACACCAUACCUUCAAAAUGCUACAGGAAAUGCUUGUUUCCAUCCGCCGAGACUUACAGGAACAAAUAUUGUCUAGGAGACCCAAGAGAGCAAGGCUACCAGAUUCCACAACAGGAAUGUCCAGUGUCAUGCUUGAUGUAGAUGCGCUUCUAACUGCCGCUCAAAACAUUGGUCAGUCCCAAGAUGGCCACGAUCACGAUGAUAUGAACGACCUCAACGAGCCUGCGUCGGCACCGAACGAUUUCGAGAGCGAAGCUACGGGAGAUGGCGCCCGACAAGAAGUUAUAUCUAAAACCGAACAUGACCUCAAUGACAAACAGGAAAGAACUCAUGAUAUGCAACGUAACGACCCAGAAGCCAUUUCAGAAGGCGAUGACGCAGGAAUAUUACUGUUCCGGGGAAGAAAGACUCUGAUUCAGAGACAGGUUCAGAUGUAGAACGCAUAUAGCUCUUGGCCAGCAGCGCGUUAAGGUCAUCUCUAGACUCGUAUGAGCAUUGCCGAGGGGCCGACGUCAGCAGGAUGAGCGACGAAUGAUCUAGCAGGGAAAAACAAGCCGUCUGGUCCUCCGGAAUUCCGUCCCAGAGUAUCGGUACUGUAUCAGUCAGAGAGUUUCCCUGCAGCUUCAUUCGUCCAUCAGAGCAGCCCGUAGAGUGAAAGUGAAGGAGGAAUUGCUAAGGACUUUAACACGUGACAUCACGUGGCAUCGCGUGACCACUGCUGACCCUUGGACCUACGUCAAUGCUUACCAGGUCUUGGCUGCAGCAAUGUGUCAGAAGAGUUACUGUAGCACGUCAGUCGAG